GUUGUGACGUAUUUUGUGCGCGACAAAACACGGCUCUCCGCAUGGGUCUCGUCGCAUGAUAGAAGAGCCAUGGUUACUGUCAGUUUCUGUGGAGAGUGGUUUAUUUUCACCUGCGACAAGAAACUCGUAGCAGUACACACCACACAAGCCAGGGAACCGUUUGUGUUUGACUGCAGCACUGCUGAGAAGAAGCCAAAGCACACAAAAGAUGAGAACAACAGUGAUGGUGGUGCCUCAGAGGAAACAGGAAGUGACAAAGUCCUUGCCUUCACCGUGUCUCCAUCUGGAAAGCUGGUGGCACUGACUGAUGACACCAAGAGGCUAGUCCUGUUUCGCUGUGAGCCUUCAUGGCAGUGCAUCAGCAUCAGGUGGGUGGUGAGGAGGUCCACCUCACUGAUGUUCAGCCAGUCGGAAGAUGAGCUUCUGGUGGCUGAUAAAUCAGGAGACGUGUACUCCUUCUCAGUGGUUGAUCCGCAGAGAGAAGGCGAGCUGAAGAUGGGCCAUCUAUCCAUGCUGCUGGCUGUAAGCAUGUCACCGGACAACAAGUACAUGAUCACAGCCGACCGUGAUGAGAAGAUUAGAGUUAGCCACCUUAGGUCUCCGUACAACAUCCAGUCCUUCUGCCUGGGACAUCAACAGUUUGUCAGUGCUCUACUGGUCCCAUCAGGUCAUCCACACUGGCUGCUAUCAGGAUCAGGGGACGGGACCAUGAAGCUUUGGGAAUAUGAGUCCGGCCGUCAGCUGCAGAGCUGGGACCUUACAGAUCUUGAAGAGACCGCAAACUCUGAGGCUGACAAACAGAAGAAGCCGACUGUGUGCUGUAUCACCAGUUCUCCUGAUGCCCGCCAUGUAGCAGUUCAGUGUGAAAGAGUGUCCACAGUUCAGUUUUUCUCUCUGGACCAUGAGGGUGAAGAGAAGCUUGUUCCACACAGCCGGCUCUCCCUGCCCCACUGUCCCCUGGACAUGACCUUUGACCUGGAAGGCCGGCUCUGGGUGCUGAUGGAUUCCAGUGAUGGACCUCUUCAAAUUUACACACACAGACAAGACUCCUGGAAGUGUGAUGCUGAGAGCCCUGAACUACACAGAGUGACUGAAGCCCUCAAGCCACACUGGGAGACACUAGAGGCUUCCACAAGGACUGACAACAGAUUCGAGCACCUGCAUAAGGUGGGUUUUGACAACGUUACAGUGUACCUGCAGAAGAAGCAGCAGCGGCUGGAAGAGCAGCGGCUGAAGAGGGGGAUGACACAGAAGGCAAACGGCAACAAGAAGGCCAAGAAAACAACGUCAUCUACCUGAACAGAUACUUUGAAAAGAGCUAUUACUUUAGUUUCAUGCUUUGAAUGGUGGAUCUCAGUUGAAUGUGUGCCUUGAUGAAGCAUGUGGAGAUAUUGUGUUUCAUCACAUGGCCUGUGUAGAUUAUUUUUUAGAUUUUUUUUGUUUGCCUCAAAUUUCUAGCUGAUUUUUAAGAAAUAAACGUUGCAACUAACAUUAAA